GCCCCAUCCUUCCUCCCCCAUCUCUCGUGCGUGAUCUCGAACCUUCACAGGGCUUCCCCCUUGACGUUGACGCCCCGCAAAUCCAAUCCAGCGCCAUUUUAGUCAUCCGCCGCCCCUAUCUCUCUCGUAUACAUCGAUCCGUCGUCUUCCUCAGCUCACCGAGACUCCGCAUCCCGCUCCAGGCUCCAAGCCAAUGGCGGACCUCUUCUUCGGCGGGCCCUUCCGGCGCCUGCUCUACGGGCGCCCCUUCCCCGCGGAGUGGGCAUCGGCGGCAAUGGACUGGGUCGAGACCCCGACCUCCCACGUGCUCAGGAUCAACGUCCCGGGCCUGGGCAAGGACGACGUGAAGAUCCAGGUGGAGGAGGGCAACGUGCUCAGCGUGAGGGGCGCGGCGCCGCAGGAGAGGGAGGGGGGGAGCGAGAAGGAGGUGGUGUGGCACGUGGCGGAGCGCGGGAGGCCGGAGUUCGCGCGGGAGGUGGCGCUGCCGGCCGGCGUGAGGGUGGAGCAGAUCAGGGCCAGCGUCGACAACGGCGUGCUCACCGUCGUCGUGCCCAAGGAGCCCGCGCCGGCCCGGCCCAGGCCCAGGCCCAUCGCCGUCUCCAGCAAGCUCUGAUGUCUCAUGUCUGAUCCUGAUCGAAGCCCAAAGCGUAUAUGAAGUUGAAUAUAUACUGCGAGUCUAAAUCCUCAAGUUGAAAGUUUAAAAACUCUGGAGAUUUGAAUUACUAGUGUACUGAAUAAACGCGGAUAUUCAUGUAUUGAUCAUGAACGUCUUUGUUACUGCUACGUGCACUGCUUGAUUUGUUGAAAUAUAUAUGGUAUACUUUAUGUACUCCAUCCGUACUCUCUGUUCUCAUUUUUAGUUUAUCUAA